CUUAACGCCAAAUGGACCAUAUGGUAUGACAAUCCUCGUUUGGCUCCUGAAGGUGCCGACUGGAAGGAAAACUUGAAGAUGUGCGGUCACUUUGAUUCCGUCGAAUCUUUCUGGAGAGUCUACAACAAUCUCAAGCCAGCCUCCCAAAUUGGUCUCAAUUCAAACUAUUCCGUUUUCCGGUAUGGUGUGGAACCAAGCUGGGAAGACGCAUGCAAUCGUGAAGGCGGAAAGUUCGUAUUUUCAAUUCCAAAGAAAGAUGGCAAAAGCAGAAUCGAUGACUUUUGGCUUCACACUGUCCUAUCAACAAUAGGAGAAACAAUGGAUGCCACCGGUGAUCAAGUCAAUGGUGUUGUCGUAUCAAUUCGAAAGCACCAAGACCGUGUCGCACUAUGGCUGAAAUCUAGUGAUAAGGCUAUUUGCGGUCAAAUUGGAGUGCGCUGGAAGAAAAUUCUCAACUUAGACUCGCAAUUCUUGCAAUAUCAAACACACAAAGAUGCCGCCGAAAGUGGAAGAUCGUUUCGGAACGAAACUUAUUUUGAGGUAUGA